AUGGCAACUGUCACUGAUGCUACUGAUGCUACUGAUGAUGUUGUUGCUGCUAAUGUUGGUGGGGAUCAGAACCCCAGGGCAAUUGAAGGGCCACUCAACCAUCACGAGCGCCCGGAGAAGUUUGCGGGAGUGAAUUUCAAGAGGUGGCAGCAGAAGAUGUUGUUCUACCCAACUACUCUUAGCCUUGCGAGCUUUUUGAGUGAGGAUCCAUCAGUCAUGGAGGAGAAUGAGCAAGACAAACAGAAGCUUAUGGCUUUAAAUGCUUGGAAGCAGUCAGACUUCCUUUGCCAGAACUAUGCUCUGAAUGGCUUGGCAGAUUCACUUUUCAACGUGUUUUAUGCCAAAAAGUCAGCAAAGGAGCUAUGGGAUGCUUUGGACAAGAAGUACAAGAUCGAGGAUGCUGGGGAAAGAAAUUUGUCGUUAGCCAGUUUAUGGACUUCAAAAUUGUGGACUCAAAAGCCGUCAUUAGUCAAGUCCACGAGUUCCAAACAACAGGAGGAAAUAGGGAAUACCUCUACUGUAAAAGCAAACGUAGUUAAGCAUGGCCAGUCUUCAAGGGUAAAGAAGAAACUACCGACAGGCAAAAGCUCAAAGCUAGAGGCAAGAGGCGGUGUCUCCAAAAGGCCGGUCUACAAGCCGCAAGAACCUACUUUUAGGUUUAAUGGAAAGUGCUUCAACUGUGGAAGCAAUGGGCAUCAGGCAAUUGACUGUCGUAAGAAAAAGAAACCUUACAAGAAGUACCCUCCACGGAACAAGAGUUGUGUCCACAUGGUUGAAAUGAAAGAUCUAUCCCAAGAUGUGGACGACAUGCAUAUGUCAACUGUCGUCUCAGAGGUGAACAUGGUGGGGUCUAACCCAAAGGAAUGGUGGGUGGACACUGGGGCAACUCACCGCAUUUGUGCAGAGAAGAAGACGUUCACAACUUUUGAACUGGUUUCAAAUGGUGAGAAGUUGUUCAUGGGGAAUUCUACGACCUGA